AAAAGAGCGUAGCAUCCACGCGCACCGAAGGCGGGAUCAUCCAUUCUCAAAAUCGCUCCUCUUUUUCUCCUCUCAUAAAUACUAGUACUUUUUUGUAUUCGAAUCAGAACCAAUGCCAGUAACAAAGAAAGAACCUAAAAACCUCUGACUGUGAUUCUCUCCCUUCUUGGUCGGAUUACUAGGGUUUCCAAUUCUCAUCUACCGAGUCCAUGGACGAGUCUCCGUCACAAGUCGUCUCCGAAAUCGGCACUCAACUCGGCCGACUCGCUCGUCCCAACAAAGACUUUCUUGUCAAAUCGCUCAGACAAGCUGCAACUUCUUUGUCUCAAAUUGAGCAGCCUUCAAUGCCCGAAGCUUCUAAGAAGGUAAAAGCUAUUAAGACGCUAGAAGCUGCAAUAAGACCCCUAAGCAAAUCUAUUAUUAAGCUUAGCCUUCUUCGAAAUAGUGAUAAGGACGUUAAGCUUUUGGUGGCUAUUUGUGUAAGUGAAAUAUUCCGGAUCCUGGCACCUGAGCCUCCUUUUGAAGACAAAUAUCUAAGGGAUAUCUUUAAACUCAUAAUCAGCAUGUUUGGGGAGCUUGCUGACACUGCUAGUCCAUAUUUUUCAAGGAGGGCUAAAAUUUUAGAGACUGUUGCACGAUGUAAAUGUUGUGUGAUAAUGCUGGAUAUUGACUGCAAUGAUCUAGUUCGUGAAAUGUUCAACAUUUUUUUCUCCAUUGUGAGGGAAAACCAUCAGAGAAGCUUGAUAAAUGAUAUCUUGUCUAUAAUGGGACAUAUUCUAAAUGAGGAGGCUUCUCAACCACUUUCGGAUUUGAUUUUGCAAAAUCUUGUAAAGGAAGGACCAGCUGCAUCCCCUGCUGCUUCUCAGCUUGCUGUUUCUGUCAUUGAACAUUGUGCAGAAAAGCUUGAGCCCUUCAUUUGUGGGUUCUUAACAUCUUGUUCUUUGGAUAGAGAUGCUGUUGAGAGUGAGCUCAAAGAAUUUUACCAUGAAAUUUUAUUUAAAGUUUUCCAGUGUGCCCCUCAGAUGCUUCUUGCAGUCAUUCCUAACUUGACCCAAGAAUUACUGACUGAUCAGGUUGACGUUCGAAUUAAAGCUGUUAAUUUAAUUGGAAAGCUCGUUGCACUACCUGGACAACAUGUUGCACAGGAGUAUCAGAAUCUUUUUAUAGAAUUCAAAAAUAGAUUCUCUGAUAAAUCUGUGGAAGUUAGACUUACUGCUCUGCAAUGUGCUAAGGCUUGCUACACGGCCGAUCCAUUUGCAAAAGAAUCAUCUGAACUUCUCUUUGCCAUUGAAGGUCGAUUGCUGGAUUAUGAUGACAGGGUGAGAACACUGGCGGUGGUUGUUGUAUGUGAUCUUGCCAGGUUAAACCUGAAAUUUUUUCCCCCUGAACUAAUAUCAAAAGCUACUGAAAGACUUCGGGAUAAGAAGGCAUCUGUUAGGAAGAAGGCCUUGCAGAAGUUGAUGGAGGUAUAUCAGGAUUAUUGUAACAAAUGUUCUGAAGGGUACAUGAAUAUAAACAACCACUUUGAACAAAUUCCUUGUAAAAUCUUAAUGCUUUGCUAUGAUAAAGAUUGUAAGGAUUUCAGGUUGCAAAAUAUGGAGCUUAUUCUCGCAGAGGAUUUGUUUCCAGUUUGUCUUUCUGUUGAAUGCAGGACUAGGCAUUGGGUCCAGUUGUUUUCUCUUUUCACUCCUCUUCAUGUGAAGGCACUGAACUCAAUUUUAUCUCAGAAACAUAGGUUGCAGACUGAAAUGCAAAGUUAUUUGGCCCUUCGGAAGAAAGAGAAGGACAAUAGUUCGGAAGAAAUGCAAAAGAGAAUAAAAAAUUCUUUCAUGAAAAUGUCAGCAUCCUUUCCAGAUCCUUCAAAAGCAGAAGAGUGCUUUCAUAAAUUGAACCAGAUGAAAGACAAUAAGAUUUUCAAUGCAUUGGAGUUAUUACUGACUGAACAGACAAGUAUAAAGGCUCAGUCAAUGAGAGAUAAAUUUCUGAAAAUGAUAGGAGAUAAACAUCCACAUUUUGAAUUUCUACAGUUACUCUCUUCAAAAUGCUCAUUCAAUGUAUUCAGCUCAGAGCAUGUAUGUUGUAUUUUAGAUCUUCUUUCAAGCAAGGUGCUUGAAAAUGGACAUUUGGAGGCUUCUUCUGCCAAGCUGCUUCUGGCUAUUGUCAGCCUUUCCCCCUUACUAUUGAGAGGUUCUGAAGAGCAGUUCCGAAUACUGUUAGAGGAGAAGCGUUCAAUUAAUGAUGUGCUUAUUGAAGUCUUUGCAAAAGCAGGCCCACAUAUAUCGGUCAAAUUUAGUGAUUUUUAUCCUUUUCUGGAGAGUGCUUGUCUGGAGGGAACUCGUGUUCAGUCCAAGCACGCGAUUUCUGCAAUUGCUUCAUUAAUUGGCCCUUCUGAGGAGUUCACUUUUCCAAAACUAUGCAAGGAACUUGUAUAUUCUUUACAUAGAGGUUGGAAUACUCCAACCAUUUUGCAGUCCUUGGGAUGUAUCGCACAACAUUCUGUCUCGGCAUUUGAAGCUCAAGAGAGAGAGAUCAGAUUGUAUAUAUUUGAGAGAAUUUUUCAAGAGGAACAAUCUGAUGAUUUCACUUCAUUUGGUGAGACUUCCGAGCGUAGUGUUUCUUGCAAAUUGAAGAUUUAUGGAUUGAAAAUGCUUGUCAAGAGUUUUCUGCCACAUCGAGGAUCUCAUGUUAAUCGUCAAAUUGAUGACUUACUGGAUUUUUUGUUGAAGUUGCUGCAACGGGGUGAUGCUUUUGAUGGAAUCAUCUCACGUUCAACCGACAGACCUCAUAUUAUAUUAGCUGCUGCAAAAUCUGUUCUUCGGCUUUCCAGAAGAUGGGAUUUACAUAUGUCUCCAGAACUUUUUCGAUUAACGAUUAUGGUGGCAAAGGACUCUUCUUCUUGGGUUAGAAAAAUUUUCCUUACUAAAAUACACAAGCUGUUAAAGGAGCAUGCUAUCCCUAGUAGAUAUGCAUGCGCUUUCGCAUUGGCUUCAUCUGAUUGCUGUAAGGAUCUGCAAGAUGCUUCAUUGAAAUACAUUGAAGAAUUUAUCAAGGAAUAUGGUUUAGAAGCUCGAAAUCGCCAAACAUCUGCAGUUCAGGGAGGACCAUUUACAGAUUAUCCAGCAUAUGUAGUUGUACACUUGAUCCAUAUUCUUGCUCAUGAUGCUGAUUUUCCACCUAAUGACUGUCAGGAUGAACAAGCAUAUGCUAAUUUUUGUAGUCCAUUAUUUUGGGUUGUACGAGCAUUAUUGAAUGGCAAUAUUGUUAAUGGUCGCAUGGACCUUGUUAAUGAUGCUGUCCUGUAUUUGCUAAGCAUUUUUCGGGCUAUUAAAAGAGCUGAAGAUGUUGCUGAUACAACACGAACUCCUAAUCUGCGAAUUCUGGCGGAUAUUGGGUUCUUCUCUUUAAAUGCAUUAAAUCAAAAUGGCAUCUUGUCAUUGCGCGCCCCUGGACAGAUUUUCCUGCCAUCAUCAUUGUAUAGAAUAAGUUUGAAGUGUGAUGAGGCCAAUUUAAAAUGUCUCACUCAGUCCCCUGUUGAUGAAAGUUUUGUCAAGAGAGUCGUUCAGAGUCUCAAGUCUCAGAUCUCAAUGCCUGCUAGCAGCCUUCCAAAACGUGGUAGAAAAAAUCAAGAGGAUGGAAUGCAGUCUGCUGAUGUUAAGUACAACACAUUGAACUUGACAUCGCAAAAGCAUUCUAAUUUGUCAACAGUUGAGGCGAAAGAGAUGAAAAAACCUGCUGGGCAAGAUAUCAGUUUGGGACAUAGGAAAAAGCAUGAUGUUUUGAAAUCAGUGGAGCUGCACAGUGAGGGUUGCAAAAAUCAGGCAUCUAAAAUUUCUAAUUCCAUUCUGGAGAAACGACUUUCUUCCAAUUCCAUUAUGGAGAAGAAACUUUCUUUAUCAUGUGAUUCUGAAACAGUGAAACCUUCUUUGAGUGAAUCACAAGUUUUGAUCCAAAAUGUAGAAAAAAGUAUUCCUUCUUUAAAAGAAAAUGCUGGGCUAAGUGCCAGUAUCACCAUUGAAUCUUCCCAAGUUUCAUCGGACAAAUUUAAUGAACCUUGCUGUUCAAGGGAAUUUAGUGCUAAGUGUGAGGCACUAAUUGGAAAACGAAUCAAAUUAUCAUCCCCUGUUGAUAGACGUUUUUAUUCCGGCACGGUGGUUGGUUUUAAUCCUUGCAAUAAGACCCACAAGAUCUCAUAUGAUAGUGGUGAUGUUGAAUUACUAUGCUUGGACAGUGAAAGCUGGGAGACCAUCAAUGAUAAUUCUCCGAAAGAGAGGGAGACGAAGUUGGCAGACGAGUCAAAUGCAUUAUAUUCUAGUGAACAGGAUCUGAAAGAAACUGUGGAUACAUUUGAAGAUGAUCCCAACACAAAGUCAAAACACUUGGGAAACAAGGAAAAUAAAAAGUUUUGUAAUGGAUCAGCAUCUUUUCCUGCGAAGGGAAAGAAUAGGCAGAAAGUUUUUUCAGACACGUCAGCAUCAGAAGUGACUGAUGUUAAUGGAGAUGCUUUUGUCAGAAGAACAAGGCGACGGAAAGUAUAAAUUUCCUCUGAUACCAUCUGUGCUUUUGGAGGAUUUUGGGAUCUCACAUAGCCAAUCAAGAAUAACCAGGGUCUGCAAGCUCAGACCUGUAACUUCAUGGAUUAAUUACCAAGUCAUUCAUGGCUUUUUUUCUCUCAAAACUAGGUUUAACAAAUCUGAAAAAUUAUUCAUCUCUGCCCUUUACUGUAAAUGAUGUAUUUAGCUCUUUAUGUAAAUUUGUACAUAUUCCUUACCUAUAGCUAGCGGAUGUAGAAAGGAUCAAAGGAAUGCUGUGCAUAGUUGAACUCAUUAUUCUUUUUAUUUAAAUUUUACUGCCUUCUGUAAAUCA